UACAAUAUAGAGAUGAAGACACUGUUUAAGGAAUUACACGAUGUUGAAUAUAGUAUUAGGAAUGAUAUAGUAUCACUGUCACAUGCUUCAGUGCUCACUGAGAUACAAGCUCUACAUCAUUCAAUCAAAGAUGGUCUGGAUAAACUUAACAAACUUAUAAAGAGCUUAACAAUAUUACAUAGGAAGUUGAACUUGGAGGCUACAAAGAAGAUACGUGAUAAGUUCCAACAGCAACAGACAAAGGAGUUAUUGGAUGGUGGAAGUAAUAUUAGUCAACAAUCAAGAUUGUAUAAGGAGUCGAACAAUGAGGAUGUUGUUAAAUCAUCGACAAACAUCACCAGCGCAAUGAAGCGCUCGAGGAACAUACUGAGCUCACACGUGGCCAUAAGCACUCACAUCCUGUCGGAGAUCAACGAUGCAUCUAGGGUGUUGGACAAGACGCUGAAUCAGGCGCGUGAGUAUGGCUCGCGCACCACCGAGUCCAAGUCGCUGCUGACCAAACUGAAGCGACGCGAUCUCAUCGACAAGUACCUCAUCUACUUUGGCGUCCUAGUAUUCAUGCUGGUCGUCCUGUACAUUGUAAAGGUGCGUCUUGGCAAUCGAUUCCUCGGCUUCUUCUUUGCUACGCCGCCUCCUCCAAAUGCUGCUGCCUUG